AUGAAACGUGCCAGAGAUUUCGCGAAUAAGAAAGGAAGCCAAGAAGCGGAUCCGUCUCCUUCUUCUGCCUCUUCUUCACAUGAUCUCAAACAAUGCCCCAUAGAUAAGGACGAGCUCGCGGAUCCAUCUCCUUCUUCUGCCUCUUCUUCCCAUGAUCUCAAACAGUGCCCCAUAGACAAAGACGAGCUUGGUCGCUCAACAUGGAAUCUUCUUCAUACUAUGAGCGUAUACUACCCUGAAAAGCCCAACGAAGAUCAAAAGAAAACAGUAUUCCAGUUUCUAGAUGCCUUAUCCAAGACAUUCCCAUGUGAUUUCUGUGCGAGAGAUUUGAGGAAAGAUCUGAAAAAAGACCCUCCGAAAUUGGACAGUCGAGAAGAAUUCGCUUUAUGGAUGUGUCAGUUGCACAACAGGGUAAACAAGAAAAUUGGAAAAGAUGAAUUUGAUUGCUCGAAAGUUUUUGAAAGAUGGAAAGAUGGCUGGAAGGAUGGAUCAUGCGAUUAUUAG